GAAAUGCCUGAAAUGAAACAGAAAACAAACAUGGCGCCGGUUGACAAUUCACCUACGGGCAGUAUGAGCGGUUUUCAAUUAAUUUAUUCUUUUAAAUCAAAUGAAGCAAUUCCUGUGCAUAAAUAUAAAUCUGUAAACACUGGACUAACUGUUUUUAUAGCCGAUGUUGAUGGACCUGUUGUUGGUGGUUAUUUUUGUCUCGCAACGGAAACAUUUGAUGACGAUGGCCUGCCUCACACCUUGGAACAUCUCGUUUUUAUAGGAAGUGAAAAAUAUCCAUACAAAGGUGUUUUAGAUUUAGUUGCAAAUAGAUGUCUCGCUUCUGGAACAAAUGCAUGGACCAAUACUGAUCAUACUGCAUACACAAUGAAAACUGCUGGUUCCGAGGGUUUUUUAUCUCUAAUGCCAAUUUACCUCGAACAUAUUCUUUAUCCCACACUGACGGAUUCUGCAUAUAAAACAGAAGUGCAUCAUAUUACGGGAGAAGGUAAUGAUGCUGGAAUUGUUUAUUCGGAGAUGCAAGGUUGUAUGAAUAAUGGCGUGGAAAGGACAUAUAGAAAACUUUUAAGAGCUGUCUAUCCUGGAAAAUGUGGCUACAAAUCCUACACUGGUGGUGCAUUAAAAAAUUUACGAGAAAGUACAUCGAAUGAAAAAGUUCGAAAUUAUCACAAAGAAUAUUAUAGACCGGAAAAUUUAACAAUAAUAAUUACUGGACAGGUGAAGCAUACAGAAGUAUUUAAAGCACUUCAAGGAAUUGAGGAGAAAAUUUUGUCAAAGGGAUCAAGGGAAUUAUUCAAAAAACCUUGGCAAGACAAAGUACAACCCUUAACUGAAAAAAUUGAUUUGGAUGUAUUUUUCCCUUGCGAUGAUGAGGAUAAUGGAAUGGUGAUUGUCGGUUGGCAAGGAUCAUCAGAUAAUGACUAUUAUAAAUAUACAGCUUGUACACUUUUACUUAGGUAUCUCACAAACACAUCAAUUAGUCCACUUCAACAAGAAUUUGUUGAAAUUGACGAUCCUUAUGCGAAUGAUGUUGAUUCUGAAGUUACGGAAAAUUCGGUACCACUCUAUUGCAUUAGAUUCGAUAAUGUACCAAAGGAAAAGAUUCCAUUAAUAAAAGAUCGUUUAAUAAAUAUUUUAAAAGAAAUUGGCAGCAAGGACGAUGGAAUUGAUAUGAAGAGAAUGUUAAUUGUUAUAAAAAAAUUAAUCCUCGAAACACAAAGUAGUUUGGAAAGUAGUCCCCAUUAUAUUAUCGUUCACACGUUGGUUAAAGAUAUUUUAUUUGGAAAUUCAAAUGAAGAUUUAAAUCAAAGAUUAAAUUUAAUCGAGAUAUUAAGGAAACUUCAAAAUGAACCUGUGUCCUUCUGGUUGAAUCUUUUGAAUAAAUAUUUCGUCAAUGCACCAUUUGUGUUUUCGAAAGGGAUUCCAAGUAUUAAAAAAAAGAUGGAGAUGACUAAAGAGGAAGAUGAACGUAUUGCAAAGCAAAAAGAGAGUUUGGGAAAAGAAGGCCUCGAAAGAAAGAAAAAGGAAAUUGAAGAAGCGAUUGCAGAAAACGAAAAACCAGUGCCUGAUGAUAUGUUAACAUCUGUACCAAUCCCAGGAACAGAUUCAAUAAAUUUCCACUAUAUAAAAAGUUUUUCUACUGAUUCAUUAAAACAGCAUCCAAGAUUUGAUGUUAAUAAACUUCCUCUUUAUACAUAUUUGGAUCACGCUAAUACUAACUUCGUAUACCUUUUUGUAACAAUGAACACAUCAGAAGUUCCUGAAAACUUGAGACCGUAUAUUCCACUUUUAAUGGAAUUAAUUUUAGUUUCACCAGUCAAUCGAAAUGGUAAAUUAGUACCAUACACAGAUAUUGUAAAUGAAUUAGAAUCUGAUACAAUUCAAAUUUCUAGUGGAGUUGGAGUAGUAGGUGGAAGUCGAUUUUCUUGUGGCAUUUUUAGUCAAGGAGCUAAUCUAACGCUUCAGGUUGAAUUAUCAAAAUAUGCAAAAGGAGUGCAAUGGAUUAAGGAAUUAUUGUACGAUACAGAAUUUACAGUAGAAAGAUUAAAAGUAAAUGGUGCAAAACUUCUUAAUGAAGUUCCAAGUGUAAAAAGAGAAGGAAAUAAUAUGACGAGAGCUAUUUUGAAAGGAUUAAAGUACAAAAAAGGAAGUAAUCAGUACACAUUGAGUGUAUUACGACAACAAAAAUUCCUUACAAAAAUAUUAGAAAAAUUAGAAACCGAGGAAGGAAUAGAAGAAGUCAAAUUGGAAAUUAAUCAAGUUAGAAAAAUUCUCACUAUGCCUAAUUCUAUGGCCCUUCAUAUGGCUUUUAAUGUUGAUAAAUUAGUCGCACAAAAUCCAAAUGUCUAUGCACCAUGGAAAGAAUUUUUCUGUGAUGUUAAGUGCCCCGAUAAAUCAAAGUUAAAGAUUGUUCCGGAUCAUACACUCAUAAAUCCAUUAGAAAAAAUUGCAUUAAAUGGUUGUGUGACUGGUUUAGGAUGCAUUGAAUCUGCUUAUAUGGUUCAAUGUACACCUUGCAUCAAAGAUGUUAUGCACCCCGAUAAGGCAGCAUUACUCGUUUAUCUUCAAUACCUUACGCAAUUAGAGGGUCCAAUGUGGAAGAAGAUUCGAGGCCAAGGUCAUGCUUAUUCUUACAAUAUGCAUAUUGCGGCAAAUGAAGGUUCUCUUUACUUUACUCUAUAUAAAGCAGCAAAUGUUGUAAAUGCUUACAAAGAAGCCAGAGCAAUUUUGGAAAUGCAUCUCGAUAAAGAUAAAUGGGAUUCAAAUUUAUUUGAUUCAGCAAAAUCGUCGUUAAUUUUUGAAAUUAUUAGCAUUGAAGAAACUGUUGAAGAUAUGAUAAGACAAUCGUUGUUGUCUUACUAUCAUAAUAUUCCUCACGAUUAUAAUCGACAAUUGGUAAAAAAUAUUGAAUCUGUUACAUUUGAUGAUGUUCAUCGUGUUGCACCUCAAUAUAUCAAACAACUAUUAGAUCCUAAAGCUUGCACAACAUCAAUUGUGUGCCAUCCAAGUAAAGUUGAAGAAAUCGCCGCAGCUUUUAAUGAAUUUGGUUAUGAAUUAAAAACUAACAAUUCUCUUGAUGAAACACACCUUAAUGAAUGAUGAGCAAAAUUAGCAAAAAAAAAAAAAAAAAUACUGUGACUUUCAUGUGCUUUUCUCUAAUUUUAAGUAACUUUAAUAACAGAUUACUGUGCAUUUUGUAAGAAAUAUAAGAGCUAUUAAUAAAAAAUUUUACUAGUUA